AUGAGGGCUCAGCGCAAGUGCAAGCAGCUCAAGACGGACAUCACCACUCAUACGUCCCUCAUACGCAAUCAAGAGCGUGUCGCAGCCCGCCGGGCCAAGCACGUCGUACAGGAGGCCGCGAAGGCGGAGCGUCUGCGCGCGGAAGUCGCGCAGAAGCAGAACGCGCUCUACAAGCUUCAUUCCCGCCUAAGCGACCUCGAAGGUCGAAGGUUCGCGAAGGCCCGCAAUGGCGCAUCCCCGUCGCAGCCGUCCCUUAUCAGUCGCAUGGCACGACGCGGUGAACGGUCCUCCAGCAAGACCAACCCCCAGAGCACACCAGAUGUCGGGGUCUAUGUCUACGGGACAUCGACGUCUGCGUCUGCGUCCGGGUCCGGGUCCGGGUCUGGCCCGUCUGCUCCCGCCUCCGCUUCCUCUUCCCGCCCGUCUUCGCCCGCCAACGCGUCCGCCUCCCGCCCGUCUUCCCCUCGCUCGAAAAUGACAAUAACGCUCAUAUUUCCGCACAUCGAUUAG